CUUUCCAAUCCAUGUGUCCACACAUGACAUAUCCCACUCAACUUGUCCCUUCAAGGCUCAAGCUCAACCACGAAACACCAAUCCUCAACACUUCUAUUCAGUUUUACCCUCUAAACCACAACUCCAGGAUCUCCUUCAAAAUCCUAACUUUCUUGGAAACCUUUUGUGGAGAGAUUAUUUUGGUUUAAACUUUAAUUUCAGAGUUGAUGGCUUGUGCAUUGCAAGCAACCUUAGCAGCCAACACUUGUGCCUUUUCUUCCAGGAGAUUCUCCUUGAAGCACCAAAACACCAGUAAGAGAAGGUUUUGUUUGUUCACUGUUAGAGCUGCCUCUGAUGACCCUGACUGCAAUGAGGAAGAAUGUGCCCCGGAUAAGGAAGUAGGGAAGGUCAGUAUGGAAUGGUUAGCUGGGGAUAAGACUAAAGUAGUCGGUACAUACCCACCUCGUCGAAAGCCGGGUUGGACUGGUUAUGUUGAGAAAGACACUGCUGGACAGACAAACAUAUAUUCAGUUGAGCCAGCAGUUUAUGUGGCAGAAAGUGCUAUAAGUUCAGGAACUGCCGGCUCUUCUUCUGAUGGUGCCGAGAACACGGCUGCGAUUGUUGCCGGCCUUGCCCUGAUCUCAGUUGCCGCAGCGUCCUCAGUAUUGCUACAAGUUGGUAAGAAUGCUCCUCCUCAGAUCCAGACAGCUCAAUACUCUGGACCAUCACUUACUUACUACAUCAACAAGUUCAAGCCACCAGAAAUUAUUGAAGCAUCCGUGCCGAGUGAGGCAGAACUAUCAUCACCAGUUAAACCUGAAAGUUCUUCUUCAGAAGUUUCCCAGGUUCAGGUUGAAGCUGAGGUUCAGCUCGAGACAGCAAGUGUCAACAUUGGGUCGUAGGUGUAUCACGUGGUUACAACUUUUGCUACGAAAACAUAGCAAAGAAGUUUAUUUUGUGUCUAUAGUAUGAGUCAUUGUAUACAUAACUAAAGCUUAGUGAAUGCAAAUGUUUUGGUUAAAUAUCAUUCUUGGUAUGCUGGUGCCGCCAAGUACUAACUGAAAGUGUGUUUAUCUUUUGCACGGGAAAGUAAUGAUCUUAGUUUCUGUUUUACAUAAUCCUCCAAAUAGUGAAACCACAUUGGAAAAUAUAUAAUGUUCUAUUGGUUCCUAAGGUUUUUUUGAGGCAUAUUUAAGAUGCUUAUUCA